UAUGUACUGAGCUGAAUGUAUACUAUGUGGCCUGAUAACUUUUAUGUGAGUAGUCAGUCCAGAAAAAUCCUUCAAUGUCCGCUAAGAAAUCCAGUUGAUUUGUUUCACUCUGAGACUAUUGUGAAAAUAUGUGCUCCUAUGGUUAGAUAUUCGAAAUUACCUUUCAGAACGUUAGUCCGGAAAUACAACUGUGAUUUAUGCUACACUCCAAUGAUUGUUGCAGCUGAUUUUGUCAGAUCUGUAAAAGCUAGACAUAGUGAAUUUACUACAAACCAAGGUGAUCGCCCUCUGAUUGUUCAGUUUGCUGCUAAAGAUGCAGAAGUUCUAGCAGAAGCUGCUUGUAUCAUCAGUCCUUUUGCCGAUGGCGUAGAUGUAAAUUGUGGCUGUCCACAGAGGUGGGCUAUGGCAGAAGGUUUUGGUGCUUGCUUAAUAAACAAACCAGAACUGGUGCAAGAGAUGGUGAGGCUGGUAAGAAAUCAAGUUGAAAACCCCAUGUUUUCAGUAUCUAUUAAGAUAAGGAUUCAUGAUGACCUAAAAAGAACUGUAGACCUGUGUCAAAAAGCGGAAGCAGCUGGAGUAUCCUGGAUUACAGUCCAUGGGAGAAAUGUAGAAGAAAGACACCAGCCAGUACACUAUGAUGCAAUUAAAAUAAUUAAACAAAGUAUGUCUAUACCGGUUAUAGCUAAUGGUGACAUUAAAUCUUUAAAAGAUGUGAAGGACGUUCAUCAAAAAACAGGAACAGAUGGUAUCAUGGUUGCUAGGGGGCUUUUAGCCAAUCCUGCCAUGUUUGCAGGAUAUGAAGAAACGCCUCUGCAGUGCCUGCAAGACUGGGUCGAUAUUGCUCUUGAACAUGGGACUCCUUUUGCAUGCUUUCACCACCAUUUAAUGUACAUGCUGGAAAGGAUUACUUCAAAGCAAGAAAAGAAAGUUUUCAAUGUUUUAUCAAGUACAUCGGCUGUUUUAGACUACCUUAGAAAUAACUACGGCGGCCUCCCAUUCGCUGCCAGGCCCGCGCUCCUCGCCUUCUCCCCACCCGGCUGUUGGGGCUCCGCCGCUCGGCCCGCCCGUCCGCCCGGCCUCCUGCAGCCGCGGCUCCUUUUCCCUCCCUUCGUUCCGCAGCUUCCGCCGCCGCCGACUCGCGUGUGCCGGGCAGAAAGCGGCCCUGAAAGAUCUCGCGGAGCUGCUGCCGGUCGAGGCCGCAGGACCCCGGAGGACGCCUCUCCCCCUUCGGGGGAUGAAGGAAGGGGGGGAAAGACCGCAGCAGCGCCUCUUUGGGAAGCGGGAUCCCUCACAGAUAAGAUGACUUUUCAGUGGACAGCUGUUGCAGCCUUUCUCUAUGCCGAAAUAGCAAUAUUGCUGUUGCUCUGCCUCCCGAUUAUUUCUCCUCUGAGAUGGGAGAAGGUUUUUAUGAUCUCUGUGUGGAGCAGAAUUAAAAACUAUUGGAACAAGGGGUUCCUUACAAUUAUAAUUCUGUUAAUUGUUUUAUUUCUGGAUGCUGUUAGAGAAGUGAGGAAAUACUCAAAUGUUAACUUAAGUGAUAAAAAUGCACAUACAAGUGCCAAUGCAUUGGAUCACAUUCAUAUGAAACUUUUUAGGUCACAACGAAAUCUUUAUAUCUCAGGAUUCUCUCUGUUUCUUUGGCUUGUACUGAGACGUACCAUUUCCCUUAUCACUUCAUUGGCAAAAAAGAUGGGAGACCAGAAAGCUCUAGAAAUGGAAGUAGAAAAUAUCAACCAAGUUGCCAAGAAGUGCUUGGAAGAGAAUGAAAAACUUCAAUCAAUGAAAGCUAAAUGUGACAUUGGAGAGGUGUCUGACGAAGAGCUACAGGAAGAAGUGAAAAAUCUGAAAGACGAAUUAAAGAAAACUUCACAUGCUCUCAGCAAGGCCAAAGAUGACUUUUCUACAACUCAGAAGCGGUGUGAAGGCCUUAGAAAAGAAUAUGACCAACUUACAAAAGAAUACAACAGAAUGCGGUGUUCUUCAGGUGGAAAACGUGAAAAGAAAGGCCAGUAAAUGCAGUACAAGGACAUCAUUAAUACACGUGCAUCAACAUGAAUCGUCUCUUGUUCCUGUCUUUACUCUCCAAAGCUUUAUAAAAACAAGGUCUAUUUUCUUUAAAGGGAAAUGCUCUGCAUUCGUAGCUGAAACGCUAGAUUGCCAAACAUAUUUUAUUUUGCAAUGGAAAUAGUGGCUAGGAUCCAAAGACCUACUUUACUUGUGUCAAAGGCGCAGUGGAAGUUUUGCUUUGAUUUUUGUUCUUGUUUUUAUUUGAAUGGCAGAUUCCCAUGGCAUGUCACACAAACUCCAUUAAGCUGCAAAAGAGAUUUGUCAUGUCCAUUGGAGGGCUGGUGAUCAAGAAAUAAAAGUCCAUACCUCCUUUGAGCACACAGCUUUAUUUGUGUGGUUAUUUGGAUGCAGACCAGUAAGGGGUGUGCUGUCAGUAUACUGUGAAAAAUCCUAUAAGGAAAAUGUAAAGCAGUUUAAAAUGAAAAUUUCCAUUAACUACUGUUCAGCUUCUAUGCACUGUUUUACACUGAAACUGAAAAAGGUAGGAGAGAUUGUACAACCGCCAGCUAUAGCAAUGUAGAGAAGGCUUUAUAAACUACAUCAAACCAUAAUGCUAGAUCACAGUGAAACAUGCUACGUCCAGAUAACUUGACAAACAGUAAAAAGCAUUAAAAUAAAUUUUAAAGGACUUCACAUUUAAUUACAUAGUUAAUUAACUAUAGUUAUUUAUAAUUGAGAGUUUCUUCUUUCCCCAUCUUUAGAUUUUUACUAUAGUAUACUUUAUCUACUUCAUGUAUUCAAGAAUUUGAAUAUGUUGUAUUUUCUUUCUGCAGUGGGUGAUACCCCUGAAAAACACAUAUAUGUAACUUACAAAACAGGCUUUUAUGGUGAUUAGUUAUUUGUGACAUUGUUUCUUUCUUAAAACCUUCAUUAUCUGCAACUGAAAGAUUUUAUUUUUUACAUUGGUUCCAGUAUGCUGCUUGGAUGUUGAUUUGUUAAUAAAGAGAUUGUUUAAGCUUG